AUGUCCACCUCGCUCCGCCUCGUCCUCCUCGCGCUCUCCGCUGCGACCAGCGCCGUCGUCGGCGUUGGCGCCCAGGGAGUCUGCGCGCGCAACGCCACCGUCCAAUCCCUCGGCGAGACGUGCGACUUUAUCUCCAACCUCUUCAAUGCCUCCACAUUCCAGGUGGCCUUCGUGAACCAGAACACGGUCGACGCCGCCUGCGACAAUCUCCAUGUGGGAGAGGUCCUCUGCUUGGGCGUCGUAGGACAGGACUGCACGACGACGCACACCGUUGUGUCUGGGGACUUCUGCGCGUCGAUCGCGGGCGCCGCGGGCAUCGAUGCGAGCACGCUGCUCGCCAACAACCCGAACGUCAACUCGGACUGCAGCAACAUCUAUCCCGGCGAAGUCCUCUGCACAUCGUCGGAGCUGUUCACGUAUACCGAUACGGCCGAUGUAUGA